UCACAUUGCACAACAAUGGCACAUGGUGGGGGUAUUCCUGAAGUGAAAUAUGAAUAUUUGGAUCACACAGCUGAUGUCCAUAAAUCAGGGGGUGACACCCUAGAGGAGGCCUUUGAGCAGUGUGCCACGUCAAUGUUUGGCUACAUGACUACUGAUUACAACACAGUGGAAAUGAAAGAAGAAAAAGAGGUGGAGGCUGAGGGUGAUGAUUUGAUGGGCCUGUUAUUUCACUUUCUAGACGAAUGGCUCUUUGUCUUCUCUGCAGAUGCCUUUUUCAUACCUAGGAAAAUUGUAAUCACUGAAUUUGAUAAGGAAAAUUUCAAAAUAAAAUCAAUAGGCUAUGGUGAAGAGUUUGAUAUCAAGAAACAUCCACAGGGUACAGAGGUGAAAGCUAUUACAUACUCCAACAUGCAGAUUUAUGACAAGGAGGGGCAGCAUGAAGUGUUUGUCAUUAUAGACAUUUAAACUGGCAUCUAUAGACAUAUUUCUACUUCCCAUGAUUCUUGUAUAUUGAUAUAUUGAAUUCAUUUAUUUAUUAUAUUAUUGAUUAAGAGCAAUAUAUAUAAUCUUAUAUUGAUCAGUGUGCGAUAUGUAUGUAACUGGUUGUUAAUGAGGUUUUUGAAGUUUUGGUUUCCAUUAAUUGUUUUGUUUUUAUUAAGAUAAGUUGGCUUUAAAAUAAAACAAAACUAUAAAACAUGUUUUAAUUUCCUUAUUCAUUUAAGAAUUUUUCAAAAUAAAUUAGUUCAAGUAAUAUUAUGACUGCAUUAAGAUAGAGGCUUUGUUUAUUCAUAUAUCAAAUUUGUGCGAGUCAGUGUGGAAUGCAUUUUAUCAUUUUCAAAAUGAGUGUUGAUGAGUUUGUCUGGCAUCGCAGUACAUUUCUGAAUUAACAGAUUACUUAUCAAAUAAUUAACUCGGAUGUCAAUUCGUUGGUUUUCCUUGAAUAUUAAUAGUGUAGUAGUACCUACUUAAAUUAUUUCCAAAUUCAUCAGAUUCUUUAUUCGUUUUUUGUUUCAUAUAUCUAUUAUUAAAAGUAAAUUCUCAUGGCCAAUUCUGUUAAAAGUGCUCACUAUUGUUUAACAAGUCUAUAAACCCAAGCACAACCGUAUACAAAAUCUUAAUUUAGCUUGUUCACUGAGCCUUUCAUCAAGGUCACCUUCCUUUUGACAAUUUUAAGUUGAUUCAAAUUCCAUAUAUUUAUUUUGGGAAACUAUUUUUGUUCUUUAAUUUUUUGUUAUUUAUUUUGGUCAUUAAUGUACACUAGCUCCUCAUCGCAAUUUUAUUAUUAUUUAUGAAUAAAUUAUAUUAUUUUUAACUUU